AUGUCGGACACUCUCGGAGGCGGAGUUCAGUUGCAGACGGGUUGCCAAGCGCCCAAGAAGAAACAAUCCAAAAGCCUUGCAGCCCGCGGUCCUACAGCACUGCCAAAGAACAGGGGGACGGGUUUUGAAGGUUGGCUAAAAUUUCCGAUGGUCACGAUCGUGGCUGUGGACCCCGGCGCAAAGUUCUCGUGUACUGACCCCCUUGGAGAAUAUUAUGCCGAGCCACCACUGGCUCCAGAUGAGUUUAAGGAGGAGUCAGAACUGUACCACCCCUCCGUGUCAUUUGAUAGGUCUGUAGAGCUUCGCGAUUUAGCAAGCUGCAGUGAGGAACGCCUGCUGAUGGGUGUUGAUGUUGUCGACAACUUUUUGCGGUAUAUCCAGAUUCACGACGUCUGUCCAGAAUAUGAAACCGAUGUCAGACAGGCAAGGGUCGUUUGUGACAGGGCCAAGACCGAGUUGAUGAGUUGCCGCUACGCACAGACUGCCAUGCCGGGCCAGUUCAACAUCGCUUGCGUCAAGCUCUUUUACAACGAGCCGACUCACAAAGCCUUCAACGAUGGCCUAGACCCUUUGGACAAGGUUCCCAAGGACUGCGACGCCGAGGCCAUUUUUCAGACUACUGUAGCGCUGCAGCCGCGGCUGGCGGGGAAUAAGACCAUCGAGAUGUCCAAGGAUGUCAAAAGCAUCCAUAUUCUUACAACACGCGAGAUAGAUCUUGAAAUAUCUGGCUUAGUCUUACCAUCCGACGAGACGGUUCAGCGCUACUCUGCUGCAGGCUCGCCUCGAUGUCCGAUCUUGCCUGCCGGUGUUGUUGUGGCCAAACAUCACAACAUUGAUGAAGGCUAUGCAAACCAGCCCCGGCCAUCUGCGGUGGAGCUUGCUGGUCGUGGGAACGAAGCUUUCUUCCUGGACCGCGAACUAAUGGCGCUUCUGUGUCCAGGCACGAAGCUUCGCGUUGUUGUUCACGAGCUCAACUGUGAUCUGAACUUCAUCUCGACGGUUAAGGAUGUGCAUCCAUCAUUUUACACGUUUCUGCCGCAAGAGCUGAUGAUGGAGUGGAAGGAACCUAGAGAGAAUGACCGAGAGGCUCCGUCCGUUGACAACCCUGAUGCCGAAGAUGAGGCAGUCCAGAAGAUGGCUGAUGAGGAAAAGGACUGA